AGUGGAAUGUACAUUAGUUAUGCUGUUUUGUUUUUAAAGCAGUCAGGUCUGCUGUCUGUCGCAGGAAUUCUUUAAGGGAUCAAUCCUUGAAUACCAAGAAAAUUAAUAAGAAAGUCUUUUGGUAAUAAAAAGAUUUAGACUUCCCUUUGUCAUAUAUAACACUAGCACCUGCCCUUUUCAUGAAAUAAUAUUGCGAUGGAAGAGGCAAUCGUUUACUUGAAAAAGAAUGGUUGGCACGUUUCUUUGGAGAAAAUCAGAACGCAAUUAAGCUAUUGCGAAUCAGAAAGCAGCGAGGAAAAACGUUUUCUAAGAGACCCAGAGAAAUGGCUACUUGAUGUAGACAUAAAAAAUAUAGCAAUUCCUAAUUUGCCAGAUGGAAUCAAUUCUGGUAAAAUAACCCAGAUUUCAACACCAAUUGUUUUGCAAAUAAAGAAUGUUACAAUCAUUUCUGCUCCUAAACAAAAUGUUGAUUCCGAGGCUGCUCCACGAAUGUUGAAAGUCACCUUAACUGAUGGGAAAACUAUUUGUCAUGGAAUAGAAUUUGAACACAUCCCUAAAAUAAGUUUAGUAACACCUCCUGGGACAAAAAUCCGACUAAUAAAAGAUGUCAGACUCUGGAACGGGUUCAUCCUGCUUGAUGCCAAAAAUUUCCAGUACAUGGGAGGAGAAGUGCCUGACUUAAUUGAGGAGUGGAAAGUCCAGCAGUUGUUACUUGGCCAUGUUAGGUCACAAGACCAAGAUGGUCCACCUCCUUGGGUUCCUUUUGGUCGCAGAAUUCAACCUCUUAACAUCCUUGAUGGUCAAGACAAAAAGACAUUAGAGGAAAAGGAAAAAGUCGUCAAAGAUGAAGAGUUUCUCAGCCAGAGGCAGGACGCUAUUGCAGCUGCAGCUGACGCCAGUGGCGUGAUAAAAGUGAUCAAGGGUUCUGGACGCCAACUGGAAAUGCAACAAGUAGAGAGAAGAGGUCGUGGCCGAGAGCGUCGUGAAAGAACAUCUUACCGAGAUGAUGAACGCUCUGCGAAAGCCCCAGAUUCGAUCCGCCUUUUUGAAUUUCUGCAACCGCAAAUUGGUGAAAAGCCAAAGGAGGAAGAUAAUGCUGACUAUCCUGAUCAAGAUGAUUAUGACGGAGAGGAACAAGAAGACCGACCCAGUUGGGAACGUGACAAUGUAUACCGCCGUCCUGAUCACGGGAGAUCUGGAGGAGGGCAAUCGUAUACUCGAGGAAGAGGAUCAUUUCAAGAUCGUGAUGAUAGCAAUGGCAGAGGACGUAGAGGAUCUCAUCGUAUACGAGGGGGUUCAUAUCACGAUGAUUCAUCGUAUCAAGACAGACGAGGAGCAUAUCGUGGAAGAGGAAGAUCCAAUCAAGACGACUCGUAUAGGGAGAGUAGAGAAUCCUAUCAAGAACGAGACUGGAGAGGAGUCUCGGCAGGAACAAAUUCUCGGGGUCGAGGAAGCUCUCAUUUUGAUCAAGAACAAUCUUACCGUGGCAGAGGACAGUCGUACCGGGAUAACAGAGGCUCCUCUCGUAGAGGAAGAGGAUCUCAUCGAGAUAUCGAAGAUUCUUAUUCGAAUCACAGAAGCUCCAAUAGGGAUCACUAUCCUUCCAGCAGAAGUCCAGUUGAUGUUCUAGUUGAAGACUUUAAAGCCUGGCCUGGAUUGGAAACGAAACCUCCUGCUCCCCAACCUCCAGUGCAAGUAGAAAUUCGUUCAGCAGCUCCCAAAUUACAGGAACAAUGGAUGGUCGAUGAUUACUGUCUGGCCAAAUGGGAAUCUAGCGAUAAGCAUUAUCCAGCUGUCAUCCAGCAGUUGCAUCCUGCCCGCAAAUCCGCAACAGUCAUAUUUAUCGAAUCAGGUGCUACACGGAUCGUGGAGACUAAAUAUCUUCGUCGCGACCCACAAGAUGUAGGAAAUGGGCCAUCGGUUCCCAGUCAGCCCAGAGGCGGUCAAACGACACGGAUCUAUACGCCUCGUAAUCGUGGAGCCACAUAUCGAGGAGGUUGGUAGAAAAAAAAA